AUGGCUCCCCCCUUUCCCCGCGCCGACAUCGAGCUCGACUACCCGAUUUACGCCGUCGACUUUGACCCCGAGGAUGCCACCAGACUUGCUGUCGGAGGUGGUGGAGGAGCCGGCAGGUCGGGAGUGGGAAACAAAAUGACCCUGCUGGACGUCUCCCGGCAAGACGAGAUCCGCAUCGCCGGCGAGAUCGAGCUGUCCCGCGACGAGGACAGCGUGUCGUCCCUGGCCGUCGGCCCGCGCCGCGGCCGCGCCACCCACCUCUUUGCCGGCGUCAACUCGUCGCCGGCCGACGUGGAAAAGGGAAUCAACCGCCACCUGCGCGUCUUCUCCGCCGAGCCCGCUCGAGCAAAGCCGCUGCCGCCGCCGGCUGCCUCGACCGACGCCGCGCCCCGGGCCUCCUUCCCCGCGUAUGACAUCACCGAGGUCUCGCGCACGGCGCUCUUUACCAACCCGGACGCCAGCGCGUACCAGCGCCUGCUGCGCGUGUCCGGGGCCCUGGGCGCCGCGGCGUCGGCGCUCGGCAAGGACGCCCAGGUCGCCGUGUUCGAGGCCACGUCGCCCAACCCCACGGUUCGCGGCGUCCUCGAGCUGGCCAGCGAGGCCGAGGGGCUGGACCUGCUCCAGACGGGCGCGCGCGAGCACCAGCUCGCGUACUGCGACAAGCACGCCCUGUACACCGUCGCCGUGGGCGCCGCGUCCAGCAGCGACCCCGAGCUGGUGUUUUCCAUGCCCGACGACCACGGAGAGCGGCCGCAGUUCAGAGCCAUCCGCUACCUGACGCCCGAGUUCGUCCUCGCCGUGGCCAACCUGCCCAGAAAGAACACCGGCGCCCUCAUCCAGGGCCUCCGGCUGCCGUCGCCGGGCCACCAACGGGCCAGACUGGCCGUCACGGCCCGGAUACCCGGCAAGCUGUCGGCCACGGCUCUGGCCGUGACGAACCUGUCCCGGCCGGCUGCGGCUGCGGGCCCCGUCGGCGACACGCAGUUUGUCGUGGCCGUGGCCGGCAACGACUCGUCGAUACGGCUGUACACGCUGCAGCAUCAGGCGACGCCCAACAUGGGCCUCCUCUUCAACCUCCACCCGUUCUGCACCCUCAAGAGCGUCCACGGCCAGGGCCAAAUCUCCGGCCUGGCCUUUUCCACCUUCAAGACGCCCAAGGCGCACGUCCGCGCGCAGCACGUCAAGCUCGCCAGCACCUCGCUACAGAGGACCGUCGCCGUCCACAGCAUACCGCUCAGGAAACACGUCGACAAGGCGCCACCCAGCGGCACCAGCACGCAGGCGCCUCCCCCGCCCGCGCGCUACGCCGUCGCCAUGCCGUCGCGCGGCCCGUCCGCCCGCCCCGUCGUGACGAGCCUCGCCCUCAUCGUGCUCGUGCUGGCCAUCGUGUCCCAGUCCGUCAUGGAGAUGUGCGGCGCGGCCAGGCCCGUCGUCUUCGGCAACCGCUUCCUGCCCUCGUGGCACGGGUCUCUCGCCCGCCGAGCCGCCGGCUCGUUCGAGCACGGGCUGGCGUCCAGCCUGGCCGGGGGCAAGGUCCUGCGCGCGGGGGAGAAGCUGGUGCUGCUGGAGCCGGCGCCCGCCGACGGCGGCCGGGAGGCCGUGCUGGUGGACGUGCACGACGCCGAGGCGCACGGCGCGGCGCGGACGUGGGACCAGCUGCGCGCGGAGGAGAAGCGUGCGUGGAAGGAGAGGCUCCGCGACGCGGGGGCGUGGACGCAGGGCAUGGGGGAGAGCGUCUUCCGGGGCGUCCUGUUUGGCGAGCUGGCGGGCAUGGUUGGACGAGCCGUCGCAGGGUGA